UUUGUCUAACCAUCCAAGAUGGCCGCGCUUGUGGGGCUCCGUGCGUGUUUCUCCGCCCUUCAGCUUUCUUCGCCAAGCCUCCUGCACAGUUCUUUCAGACUGUGCACUGUGCCGUUGAGUCGACGGACCUUUGCCGCCGAGGCUAAGAAGACGUACAGCAGAGACAAGCCUCAUGUGAACAUUGGAACAAUUGGGCACGUUGAUCACGGCAAGACCACUCUGACUGCAGCCAUCACUAAAGUGCUUGCGGAUGCUGGUGGUGCAAACUUCAAGAAGUAUGAGGACAUUGAUAAUGCCCCAGAGGAGAAGGCCAGAGGAAUUACCAUCAAUGCCUCUCACGUUGAAUACACCACAGCCAACAGACAUUACGCCCACACAGACUGUCCUGGCCACGCUGACUAUGUCAAGAACAUGAUCACGGGCACAGCUCAAAUGGACGGCUGCAUCCUGGUGGUGGCGGCCACCGACGGUCAGAUGCCUCAGACACGUGAGCACCUCCUGCUGGCCAGGCAGAUUGGUGUUGAGCAUGUGGUAGUUUUCAUCAACAAAGCUGACGCUGUGGAAGACAAAGAGAUGUUGGACCUGGUGGAGAUUGAGAUCCGUGAGCUUCUCACUGAGUUUGGCUACGAUGGCGAUAGCACUCCUGUUGUGAUCGGGUCUGCCCUCUGCGCUCUGGAGGGCAGGGAGCCAGAGCUGGGUGUGAAUGCAGUGAUGAAACUCCUGGAGACUGUGGAUACUUAUGUUCCUUUGCCCAAAAGAGAUAUGGAAAAACCGUUCCUUCUGCCUAUUGAAGGAGUUUAUUCAAUCCAAGGGAGAGGCACAGUUGUGUCAGGCACCAUGGAGAGAGGUAUCAUCAAGAAAGGAGACGACUGUGAGUUUGUGGGACACAACCGCAGCUUCAAGUCUGUAGUUACAGGUAUUGAGAUGUUCCACAAGUCUCUGGACCGGGCAGAGGCGGGAGACAACCUGGGGGCGCUGGUCCGAGGCCUGAAGAGGGAGGAUUUGAGGAGGGGGAUGGUGAUGUGCAAACCAGGCUCCAUCUCGCCUCACCAGAAAGUCAAAGCACAGGUGUACGUUCUGAGUAAGGAGGAGGGAGGCAGACACAAACCGUUUGUCACCAACUUCAUGCCCGUCAUGUUUUCCUUCACCUGGGACAUGGCCUGCAGGAUCACUCUGCCUGGUGAUAAGGAAAUGGUGAUGCCUGGUGAGGACACAUCGUUGACGCUGACCCUCCGCCAGCCGAUGGUUCUGGAGAAAGGCCAGAGGUUCACUCUGAGAGACGGAAACAGAACCAUUGGUACCGGCCUGGUUACAGACAUCAUGCCCGUCACAGAUGAAGACUUGUGCAACUGGGGAUGAAGAAAAACUCUGUAAAGAGGGGUGGGAUGGGGUUUACUGCCGGGGUUAGUGUGGGAGGCUGGUUGGGCGACCGGAUGCUCAGAUGAAUUACUUCUCGAAAAUGUGCACAUAAGUCAAACAGGAAAAGCUUCAAAAGAGUGAAAGGCUUUGUCGUGCGAUUCCACUCAACCAAAAUAUCUGUAAUGCUCAGUAUGGACUUUGUGUUUAAGGAUGGUCAAAAUAAUGUCAUUUAUGUAAUAAAAUGUAUUUAAUAAUAA